ACUUCAAGCUGUCCUAGGAGACAAUGGGAAACUCUAUGUGGCGGCAGAUUACUGCAGGACGCUCGUAGACUUUAAGCUCGACUCUCUACAGGCGCUUCGCACUGCCAUCUCCGUGCUCCAUCAAAAAUACGGUGUACCGAACGUGGUCGUAUCAUCCAUCCCUCUAACCUCCCAAAGGGUUUCCUGGCUCCCAAACGCCCUCAUUGUGCCGCGCGGCCAGGGCCAGUCUGCAGAGGGGAUCAACUAUGCUGAUGAAGGACUGCUCUGCCUGGCUUCAUCUCGUGAUGGAGACGAGUCCGUGGUGCACGCCACUGUGAUUCCGCAAAUACGGGGCUUUUUCUCUGGGGUAGGAGACCUGUUCUCCGCGAUGAUUCUUGGGCACUAUGACCCAAGUCCCGAACAAACCCGCAACGAGCUCGGCGCAAAAUCAGGCCAAUCGACAGCCCUAUCCCGUGCAGUAUCUAACGCAAUACGAACCACCCACGCCGUUCUGCGGAAAACUGCAAGGGCCUCAGCGCUUGUACCGGGCUCAUCUGAGGACGGUUUCACGGAUGAGGAACUGGACACCCGCGACGAGGCACGUAGAGUGCGCAGGAUGAAAGCGAGAGAGCUGAGAAUCGUGCAGAGUGCAGACAUCAUACUGCGAGCCGGGAGAAUUGACUCGGACGAAGGUUGGGAUUUGGAAGAAAUGUGGCAUUGGGCAGAUUUUUGGAGUUAG